CUUUUGGAGGGAUGUGCGUGCACCAUAUAAUCCUCUGAGCUGCAGCCCGGUGUUGUGUUUACAUCAUCAUCAUCUUCAUCAUCUUCAUCUUCAGAUCAAGCUUCAGAUUGAAUUCACCGACGAACAUCUGGAAGCAUCUGUGCAGCUGCUCUGCUCCAGCGGGCUGAAGAAGCAGCAGCAGACAUGUUCUACACCUGUGGUCCCAACGAGGCUAUGGUGGUGUCAGGUUUCUGUCGUUCUCCUCCACUGAUGAUUGCUGGAGGCCGAGUGUUCGUCUUCCCGUGUAUUCAGCAGAUACAGAGGAUUUCCCUGAACACUCUGACUCUGAAUGUGAAGAGCGAUAAAGUCUACACUCGCCACGGAGUGCCCAUCUCCGUCACAGGGAUAGCCCAGAUGAAGAUCCAGGGUCAGAAUAAACAGAUGCUGGCGGCAGCCUGCCAGAUGUUCAUGGGGAAGUCAGAACCGGAGAUAGCUCAUAUCGCCUUGGAGACGCUGGAGGGGCACCAGCGGGCCAUCAUCGCCCACCUGACUGUUGAGGAGAUCUACAAAGACAGAAAGAAGUUCUCCGAGCAUGUUUUCAAGGUGGCGUCCUCAGACCUCGUCAACAUGGGCAUCAGCGUGGUCAGCUACACGCUCAAAGAUGUUCACGACGACCAGCAUUACCUGCAUUCACUUGGAAAAGGUCGCACAGCCCAGGUGCAGAAAGACGCUCGCAUCGGAGAGGCCCAGAACAAGAGAGACGCUGUGAUCAGGGAAGCCCAUGCAAUGCAGGAGAAAGUCUCUGCUCAGUACAAGAACGAGAUCGAGAUGGCAAAGUCCCAGAGGGACUAUGAGCUGAAGAAAGCCGCCUAUGACAUUGAGGUCAACACUAAGAAGGCUGAGUCUGAGAUGGCCUAUCAGCUGCAGGUUGCAAAGACGAAGCAGCGCAUCGAGGAGGAAAAGAUGCAGGUGCAGGUUGUCGAGAGGACGCAGCAGAUCACGCUGCAGGAGCAAGAGAUCUCUCGCAGGGAGAAGGAGCUGGAGGCCAAGGUGAAGAAACCUGCAGAGGCUGAGCGGUACCGUCUGGAGAAACUGGCUGAGGCUCAGCGUCUUAAGUUGAUCAUGGAGGCAGAAGCUGAGGCCGAAUCCAUCAGGAUUAAAGGUGAGGCUGAGGCGUUUGCAGUGGAGGCCAAAGGUCGUGCAGAGGCAGAGCAGAUGGCAAAGAAGGCAGAUGCCUUCCAGCAGUACAAGGAUGGAGCCAUGGUGGACAUGCUGCUGGAGAAACUGCCUCUGAUGGCAGAAGAGAUCAGCAAGCCUCUGAGUGAGGCCAACAGAGUUACCAUGGUGUCCAGUGGAGGAGAAGUGGGCGCAGCCAAACUGACAGGAGAGGUGUUGGACAUCAUGACCCGCCUCCCUGAGACGGUGGAAAAACUGACGGGAGUCAACAUCUCCCUGGCGACCUCUCGCACAGGUUGAAGAGAAUCAUCCCAACAUGGUGACCAGGCAGAUCCACUGUCGUUUAUCGUCUGCCUCGACUCUUUGCCUGAGUCUGCUAACAUGGCCUCCUUCCUCUGCCCUAACGACUCUCACGUAAUCUGUCUCUUCCUCCGUCAACAUCUUCUUGUGAUGUUUCUGUGUCGUGAAAAAGACAAACUCUUUCACUCUCUUAAUUUUCCUUUGUGUCGCUGAUUGUUGGCUUUAUCUCGGCCAAAGUAUUGUGCUCCUCUGGCUACAGUUACAGUUGUUGUUUCAAAACAUUUGAAAGUGUGUCCACUGAGAACAUCCUCUACAGACUCUGGUUUUUUAAUUAAAACGCCUCCCACGUGUUAUAUCUCAAAACUCCGGCUUGUUAAUUGAUUUUCAUUCAUAUAAUCAGAUUUGCAAACUGAAAUAAGCAACAAAUGUAACUGAAGCCAGAGGAGCGAAAUACUUAGUGAGUGUGUGUGUGUGUGUGUGUGUGUGUGUGUGUGUGUGUGUGUGUG